CUCGGACAAUUUCCUUUCCAUUUGUGACUGAUGUCUAGUCAAGUUUGCAAAUAUCCUGUGAUUGCAUUAAAUAGCAAUACUUUUAUACCCUUGAUUGGAUUGGGAACCUUCAAGAUAAAAGGUCCAGAUUUGAUUCAUAGAUGUUUACAAGUUGCUUUGGAAUCAGGUUAUAGGUCCUUUGAUACUGCUUCAGUUUAUAAAAAUGAAACUGAUAUUGGUGAAGCUUUGAAAGAAUUGCUGCCUGAGAAUGGACUUCAAAGGAAAGAUGUUUUCAUAACCAGUAAACUAGGUCCAGCAAAUCAAGGUAAAGACAAAUGUAGAACAGCCUGUCUUGAGUCCAUACAAAGGUUACAGUGUGAUUAUCUGGACCUCUAUCUAAUUCACUGGCCUGGUACACAGGGUAAAAAACCAGAGGAACCAGUCAACAAAGAAUUACGACUGCAGAGCUGGCAGGAUAUGAUACAGUUACAUAAAGAAGGGAAAGUGAAAGCCAUAGGUGUUUCAAACUUCCUUCAACAUCAUAUAGAGGACAUAAUUUCAGAGACUAAUGUUGUGCCAGCUGUUCUCCAGAUUGAGCACCAUCCACAUUUAGUACAAGAUAAUUUGAUAUGUUACUGUAGAGAGAAAGGUAUCCAUUUCCAAGCUUAUUCAUCAUUGGGAACAUCAGUAGUAGAAAACAAGUUGCUCUCAGAUGAAACUGUAAAAGAUAUUGCCAAAAUCCACAGUAAAACGACAGCACAGAUUUUAUUAAAGUGGGCUGUUCAACAAAAUAUUGGGGUAAUACCAAAGUCUACCAAUCCUGACCACAUCAGAGAAAACAUGGACAUAUUUGACUUUUCCUUAUCUCAGCAGGAUAUAGACAUCUUAAACAAAUUAGACAAACAGAUACAUUAUUGUUGGAAUCCGACAUCUGUUUCUUAACAUUUUUAAAAUAAUGAUUUU